UUUGACGCAACCGCGGCUUUUCAAGCGUCGCAGAAGACACAUGCACAAAAUCGAUCACGCGAUCCGGCCGAGCCCAACUUACUUCAAUCAUGCUAAUGUUCCAAUAAUUUGGAUCCAGCAGACCUAGCUCGACCAAAUGAAUGAAUGAACGGCCUCGCCUGCCUCACCGUGUUAUAGAAUACUCUCGUAUAACGCGUUCCUCACCAAUAUAUUCGAUCCUGCACAAGUGUUGUAACACUUUUCGCGGUGUACGCGAUCCAGCGCGUGGGUGGAGAGACUACGGUUUGUUCGACGAUCGAUAUUACGUAAGAAAAUUCGAAACAAUCCUACUUCCUAUUGUUUCUCUUUCGCUCUACACAGCUUCAAGUACAUUUUUUCUUUUAUUCAACAGGAAGAACGCUAGAAACGCUGCUUUUAUUGUCUACAAUUGAGGAACCAUUGAUACUUUUAACCGAUACGUUUAACAAACCUCUUAGGAUCCUACGAGAAGCUAAAAUUAGUAUACAUAAUACGUUCACCUCUCUCUGCAAUCCUAAAGCUAAAUUUUGGAUGUUCAAGUCACUUGAUAGCCGAUCAAGUUCCCUCGACGCCUGGUCAUCGCGCCAGCGCCUCCCGAGUGACCAACUCGUACCCUCGCUUCCUCGACGAAUCGCUUAGCCGGCCAACCCCGCGGCAGUAAGGACGCGUUCGUGCUCACGCGAAGACGCGGACCGACGCCGCGGCACGUCGAUGCCGAUUACCGACGCUUCCUUGAGGCUUGCACCCUCGUAAAUGCACCCUGCCCGGCGGCUCCGAUUCGCUGUCCACCUGGUAGCCAGGUGAGAGCGACAACGGAUUUUGGCGUCCUCCGCAUCUUGCUCGUCUGCAUGAAGGACUCGAGCUUCGUUGCCUCGAAAGGAUGAGGCGGCUCGACGACGGCCAUGUUCAACGACCGCCUCCGUUCAGGGUGCUCGCGCCAUCCGAUGGCAAUUACCUGUCACCGAACGCGAUUCCGCCACCGCCGCCGCGUGCACCCGAGCCGUAUAAGAUCGCGCCCUCCACCACGUCCUCCUCGAGGGCGCAUCGUCGAUCCAGCUUCGUUAUCAUCGCGGACUCGAGGCCCGUUUCCCCGGAGGCGAGGAGUCCAACGCCGCCGUUGGCCACUGGCAGGGUCUCGCCCUUUCGAGGACGUGGCUUUAAAGGACCACCGCCGCGAUCUAAGUCCAGGCCGCAGUCUCCGGAAUUUACGAAUGGCCGUAGAAGAGGAAAGAUCGAACGACGAGUUUCAGUGUCGCAACAGAACAGCCCAAGAAGAAGCCUGAUCCCGCAACCAACGCGUCAGCGUUCGACGUCUCUGAGCAAAUCAACGGAGCGCCUUGCCUCGCCGAAGCUGGGUCGUCGCGUGGAUUCGCGCACUCGCUUCAAUACGACGGAUUCCAGGAAUCGUUUGAACGCCUCUGGGAACAGUAGCAGCGUGGCGAACCUCGCCACCCGUCGACAAGCCUCGAAAACAGUCAGCAAGCUCUCGCCGAUCCAAGGAACUCCGACGAAACCGGAGAAAACGCCACAAUUUAAGAAAAGGGAUCGUUCGAAGGAAUCCACGAGAUUGUCGCCGGCGAAACAGCAGAAAUUUGCCGCGUCUCCAUCGAGGAAUGCUUGGAACGCGAAGAAACAAACGCACGAGAAGGUUUCCGUUCCAGGAAAGACGCAAGGCAAGGAACGAGUGGUAUCACCGUCGAAGAUUCCGCUGAAAACGAACAGAGCCAGCUCGAAUGUCUUGAAUCCAGCCAGAUUCAUCAAUAUCCCUAAUCAAGCUAAUGGCAAAAAUAAAAAGGCUAUCGAUAAAGGGUCCAAGGAAGUUCGUAUAAGCAACGGGCAGACGAACGAGUCCACUCAAGGCAGUAAACAGUCUGACUCAGGAUCGAAAGGCUCUCAAGCUAACGAGAAGAAUUCGAGUACGGAACAGUUAGCUGAUCUGCAUCUUAUCGAUCUAUUAAAACAAACUUCUAGCGCUAAAGGUACGUCUAGCGUGGUGAACACAACAGCGACGACGGCUGUUCAGCCGCUUCACAUCGACGCCAAUGCUGUUCUUAUGGAUAAAGAGAUUUCCGAAAGGAAAAGUCAGUCUGAGAAGGCGAAGAGCCAGUCUGAAAAGACAAAGAGCCAACAAGACCUGUCUAAUACCAAAUCUUCCAAUUCAUCGAACGAUGAAAACAUCGGCAAACAAGUUCAAAAUUCUCACGUUGCUAGUAGCGAGGAUAAUCGUCAGAUCUCCAAAUCGAAUAAAUCUAAUGGCAACCAUGGUCGAACGAAGGGUGGAACAGAGAGUAGAAACGAUUCGCCAGUUCCUACUGAAAAUGUUAGCGGUCACUCGAAGAGUAACAGUAGCAGUCAUUCGGUGAAAAGCAUAAACAGGGUGAUCAGUGCUACGAACAACACUGGUUCGGCGACGCAGCGUUCGAAUAAGAUUCAGAAUGCGGUCAACGAUCAGAAUACGAAGAAUUUCAGGCCGAACGAUCAGAAGAUCGACGAAUCUGUCUCCUUCCAACCCGCGUCAACCAACGUCCAAUCAAAUUCAACUAAAGCCAACGAGAUUGAAUCGGUAAACAGUUCCGUCGGAAAUUCUUCGGGUGCAGAGACUCAAAGGACAGCAGUUUCCGUCGCGAGUGCUUCUGUGAGACAGGAAGACGCGAGGACGAUUUCGCGGUCCACUAAUAAUUCUGGAACGAAGAUCGUAACGAAUGCAACUACGGUAACCGUGAAAAGUACUUCCGACCAAUCGACGAUAGCCUCGAGGGCGAACAACGUGUCCAACGUGGUUGGUGCGGUGAGCAACGAUGCGAGAAAUGUAAAUAGCGCCGGGAUGAAAGCUCGUACCGAUAAUCACGGAAGUGGUACGUCCGUGAAAUCGUCCGCGAGGGUGUCGAUCGAUUCCAUCGAGACCGUUCGAUCUACGGACACUGGGGUGAGCGUGGACACCGUCAGAGGAGUAUCUUCGCCGAGGGAGAAAACUGGAAUGCACGUGGUGAAAAGGCCGCAGGAGAUCGAGACGUUAAGUGGGAACGUGGUGUACUUGGAGCAAAACGGCGAGCCAGCGGUACUGGCAGCGGCGAACGGCGUUGGCGAACGUGCCCCUGACAGGCUUCUUACGCGCUGGAAGAGGUCCCUGAGUCGUUGCUGCGAGUGUUGUCCAAGAAUGAGGUGCUUGGCGUGUCGUACGGACCCCAAGGGUCUUACCUGGCCCGGAAACCACGCCAGGAGCACUACGUUAGUGAACAGGAACGAGCAACCCCUUGCAAGAGACAAUGUGCCUGCUGGCUGUUGGCCUAAAUUCAAGAAUCGAUGCAGAUGCAAACGACUGAAGGAAAUGAAAUGUUGCUCAAAAAGAUCGAGGGUUGCGCCUGCUGAGGCUACAGUCUGCUGUCCUCCGGAAAGAAGAUUCGGCGCUAUUUGCCGCCGUUUGUUCGGCAACUGCAAAUGCAAGCGGAACGCUGAUGCAGAACACGCAAGAAACAUACGUGCCAAGCACAGUCUUACCAGCGUAGCACCGCCCCCGUUAUCGGAGGAACCAAAAGCUAAAAUACCGGAUGUUCUGGUAGAGCACAAUUCCCUGAUGCGUGGCGCUAUUCCUUGUCUGCCAGUUCCUCUUGCUUGGUUUUGUCUCGUGUGGAACGUUCUACUGCCUGGCUCUGGCACGGUAUGGAGUGGGAUUUUCAAUUUGUGCGCCGGGCAACCGAGAUUCUCAGCGGUGGCUGGAGUGAAGUCGAGACUAGGCGCGUUCGUUGUGAACCUGAUGGUCGGGGUGGGUCAAUUAUUCACCGUUUUAUUCUGCCUAGUUGGGUGGGGCUGGAGCAUUUGGUGGGGCGUCACUUUGGUCCGUUUAGCGAGGAAGUACAAGAGGUUCAAGGCUUCCGAAGCAGUCAACAACGAUCCGGAAGCGAGGGGUGGAGAACCAGCGGCUCUGCCCCCCGGUGUACCGAGUCAUGUGUUGAGAGGGAUGGAACGGGCGCGAUAACCGAAGUCCUCGCCACAGAUUCCGCGGGAACGUUUUUAUAUUUCGUCUUAGCGAUUCUUCACUACGUGCCUUCCCGAAAGCUGCGAACAGAAAACGAAACUUUUUUUCGCUUGGUGGACUCGUACGCUAAGGAUCCGUUUAAAACAAAAGAGAAGAAAAGAAUAGAAAAGCGAAGAAUUUUUUCCACGGUCCAUAGAUUAUUGUACUUUUACGAAAUCGUAAGAAACACAUCGGACGACGAAUGUUUGUAGCUUUGUUUCGCGGUAAAUGAAAUUCGAGGCAAUUUUCUCGUCGAAAAAUUAAUUCGCGAAAGGAGAAUAACAUUGGUACAGAAACAUAAAAAUGGAAAAGAAAACACAGAGAAGAAAUAAAAAACGACGUUACGUGGUUGUUCGCGAUCGAGGAACGAAACGAAGUUCUCGGAAAUUAAUCGCUUUCAGUGAAAGCAUACCUAUUCGUGGCGUUCUUUCAAAAUGUACUCGUUGCGUCGAACGGAAAUUGCUUUUUAUUUUCGCUCGUCCUUUCUUCCGUGCUCACAGCGGCGAUACAGCGUUUUUAGUCUUUUCUUUUUUUCUUUUUCUCCGUUUAUUGUAUUUUUAUUCCGAAAUGAGAACGUCGAACAAACGUUUCGCGGUAGAAAUCAAAGAAGAAAGACAAAGCAUGUGACCUUACUCUCUCUCUCCUUCUCUCUCUUUCUCUCCCUCUCUCUCAGCCUCGUUCAAAGGUAUUUUUCUUUCCUACGUCGAUGGAAUAAAUACGUUUUGAAAAAACGCACUUUAUAUUUUUACAAGCGCAACACAUAUUAUAUGUAUACAUACAUUCAUAUAUUCAACUAUCCGACUUAUUCAACUUACAACUAAAAAUCCUUGUAAAUAUGAAAAUAUAUUACUUACAUCGGUUUUUAAUCUAAUCGCUGCUUCUGGAAUUGUUCCCUCCUUUAUAUCCCUUAAUCGCAGUGUAGAGAAGAUUCUAUGGUAUUUUGUUUCUUUCUUUUUUUUUUUUUUUUUAUCAUUUUGAUCUAUAGACAAUAGCAUAUGGUUUAGUACAAUAUCCGAUUAUUGUCGCAGUGAAUUUUUCGUUCGAAGAUUAUACAAGCUUCUAUCGAUCAUCUGGAAAGUUUAUUUGAGAAUUACAUUCAGCAAAAGCAUCGAAGGAGUAUAACGAGUCCUACGUAGCAUAGUGACGAUUUAAAACAGAUUUCCUGCGUGUUGCGUUUCGUCUGAAUAAUCCGUUGCAGUGUCGUGUGUUGUGGUCUAGUCCUGUGUAGUAUAACUUUUCAGACGUGUAAUUGAUAUUGAAAACGCUCUAAACACUUAGUUCGAUUAUUUCAAUUCCAUGGUGUCCAAUCGUUUCGAACUUCAACUUGAAAAUCGUAGAAACGUUACACUUCAGAAGCGCAGCUCUACAUCAAAAAUUCAAAAAGUUCGAGUUUUAACUUCCAAUAUUCUCGGCUCUCGACUUUCAAAUCCCAAAUCGUUCGUUUGGAAAACUUCGUUGCAGAUUAUCCGAAGGAUGCAGAUGUUUUAUACUUUUUCUUCAAGGACCGUUCCAUUAACAUAAACUCAAUAGGAUAUUUCCAUACGAAACCACGCGCGCAAAGUGAAUCUUCUGGUCGUAACACCACAGAAUCGGACUGGUUCUUUCCAAUAUUAAACAAUUUCCAAUGGAUAACCGUGCGUAAAUCACUGCAUGCGACAAUGUAAAACGUGGAAACGAGAACAUCGGUGGAUGUUCGGCGGUUGAUUUUCGUGCGGCAGAAGGAAACAAGACACAUAACGGUCGACUGUUGAGAACGUGCGCAUGCUUGCGGCCAAGAUCUAGCGAAUAAACUACUAAUAAAAGCUCGCGCGAAUCGAUUGCAUGCACAAGCAGCUCUAUUUCAAGCAGUCCUUAUCAAGAUCCCGUUAUUUUCGCUUUAUCGAAGGACUCAACCGGCCCAGUCUAGUUUCUUACAACGUUUUACGCGUUUCAUCGCGAUAGAUACGCUCGCAGUUUGUCACCCUUAACGUGCAAAUGUUUAUCAUGUUGAUAGAUGGUCGAAUGGUCGAAUCGACGUGACUUGGUGUGAGAUCAGUUAAAAAAAAAAAAAAAAAAAAAAACAAAAGGAGGAAAAAUAAAGUGAUCGUGUAUCGUGUUGGGAGAAUUUGAUGGUUUUAACCGAACAAUACAUAUAUUUGUAUGGUACAAUUUUUUAAUAAGACCGUCUAUGAUGAACUGUGGAUCGGUGUCGUUGGCUCGUGAAUGGCCUGUAACUGUUUGCGCUAGAUUACUCGGUUUUAAAGUUCACUUCGUUCUACUUUAUACGCUAUAUUUUACUAAAGAUCAUUAAUGUCAUUUAUCGUGUAAAAUAUAGGAUACGAAUGGAAAUUAGGUGCUCCAAUUUCAUUCGGAUGCUUCUAAUUAGAUAAUCCAAUUCAAACUUUUACGAUCAUUUAUAACAAUGUCAGUCGAUGGUCAAAUAAAGGAUUAAAUUUUAGAUUACUUCCCCUCUUAAUAACUUUAAGCUCGAUUAAAAUUAAACACGUUUUGUUGAAGCAAUUUCGAAAGUGAUAUUCGUAAGAAAGAAAGCAUAAUCGGAUUAAAAAACAUUUUUCUUGAAGCAUUUGAUGAAUUUGUAAUUUGUUUCGACCAACACCGUACACGGGAAGUGACACGCGAUCGUAUGGAAAUUCGAUGUAAUUCGUGGCAACGUUUUAAGCAAUAAAGUGUUCGGAUUUGUCGCGUAUUUCCACUGGGGAAUUGCACGAGUCAUCUUAUCGUGGCGUUUGCGCAAUGAUAUUACGUGAAAAUUGAAACACAAUGUUGUUUCCACCACUUUGCCCUCGCCUUGGGGAAUUGUCAACGAAAAAUAGAACAGUUGGAAUUAUGUGAGGCGCGUUGCAUUGUAUUCCUUUGUCUGCAAGCUGGUGGUGAUUAUGUGACAAAGAUAGCGUAAUUCAGUGUUGAAAUUCUCGAACGUAAAUGUCGAGAAUUAAUCUGUUUGGGUUUCAUUCGGAAAUAUUUAUUUUCUUGGGGUUUUUUUUUUUACGGAUUAGUAAGGAAUAUCUUUGAAGGAUUUUCACGUUUCCUCUUGUUGUCGUCUCAUAUGGGAAAUCGUGGGAAUAAAAUAGAACUGAAAGUUGUAUUCGUAAAUGACAAGUUAAAUAUUUAUACUUGACGAUGGAAAGUAUUCGUUCGAUGAAAUUUCGUAACGAAACAAUGACAUUUGCAUAUCCGGUUGUAACAAACGUACGAUAAAUUGAAAAAAAGAAAUAUUUGCUCGUGAAAUAUAUGACGAUCGACGGAACGAAUAGGAACGAAAUUUUCUCGAUAAAUUCGUUGCUUUAUAUUUCGCUUCAAACGACAUUUUCGUGAUAAUUUAAACUUCCAAAUUCAAUUCCAACUAGAUAUACAAUAUAUUAUUUAAAGCUUUCACAUUUAAAACUUAAUAUUAUGUGUUUCGACAAUUGCUCGCGGAAAUGAUAAAAAGUAUUUACGAACCGCGAAGUACAGCACGAUUGAAUCGGUCGUUUUGAAAACAGAAUAAAAAUCAAAAGUUCAUCGAUUACUCGCGUAACUAUGUUUCUAAACAAAUAACAAUUUGCAAGUAAUUCCUGUUCAGUUUUUAAAUAGAAAUCUAGUACAAAGAAAUAGGAACAAAACGGAUUGUUUAUCGGGUAGAUCUCCGUGGAGAAUCAGGUCGUUCUCGAAACGAUCGAUUCCAUUCGUCAACCAUAAAAAAGUAAACAAUAACUUACAAUAAACGAGGAUCGAAAACAGAAAUUAACAAACCAUGGUCGUGAACCGGAGAUGGCGAUGGUUGACACACGGUAUCAUUUGCAAAUCUCGGAGGGAUUAAAAUUAUUGUAUCUUUGAGUAGUAAAGGUAUAUAUAUAUAUAUAUAUACACAUAUAUGCAUAUAAUAUGCAUGGUAUAUGGUGUGGGUGUCAAUGAAUCGAGUCGCUGACGCUGAAUAUAUUGAGUAGUAUAUGUUUUAAUGAUGUGACUCCAUUAAUAUGUCAAUAUGCACAGGUAAAUAUUUCUUGUUAUUAUAUAAUAGAAGUGUUACAGUGUGUAAUGUGAUACGAUAAUAAAUUUAAUAGUAAUCAUAUUAUAAUUAAGAACUUAAAAUAACUCUAAAGGGUAAACUACAUCACUAUCGGCUAGCGACUAUUUAGCGAUAAUAAUAGCCUACCAUGUCUUUUACUAGCGGCGCUCAGUGAGUGUGCUCUUUUCAUUAUUCUUUCUUUUUUUUUUUUUUCUUUUCAACAUACCUUUCAUUCUUCUUUCUCUCUCUCCCUUUCUCUCCCACUCUCACAUUCUUCCUCUCUCUCUCUUUCUCUCAACGUGUAAUUAUUAUUCCUCUGUGCUCGAUGUUCCUUUCGUACCUAUGUUGUUUCUCUCCCAAAUAUUCAUUUCUUUUCUCUUUUUCUCUCAUGUAUUUCCUGUAACUCGUCGUUCGUUUCACUGCCUUUUUAUCGUGUCCCUUGCAACCUGUCGCUUCUACAAACAUCAACCGAUUCAUUCCAGCUGCUUUUCACGUCUCUGUCCACGUUUCCUCCGCCCUCUUUUCGCCCGCUCGCGAACGAUAUACCAGUCCGUAUUCCCGGUUUUCCUCGUCGAUUACUCUCCCGUAUCGUUCGACCGUCCUAAAACCGUCCGAUCGACGAAUCUCUCGCGUACGAUUGAAAUAGAAUGAACAGCGUACGCGGGAAAUUCACCAACGAGUAUCUAUAAUUUAGAAUGAUUUCCUUGAAUACGCGUUUCGUUCGAAAUUUGCCCGCAUCCUUUCAAACUUACAUCCGACAAGAAGAACAGCAGAAGACAAACGUUAAUAGGGGUGAUUUCGACAGCGGAUUGUGAAAAGCGGUCGUCGUGAACAGAGAGCUCGAAGCAGGCAUCGAAUUCUCGCGUGUAUUUUUUUCUGUUUUCUUCUCUUUCUUUUUUCUUUUUUUCUUUUUUUUUGCCUGUUUCUCAAUUAUAGACACACGUGUACAAGCGUCCCACAUACCUCUAGGACCGUGGUGUGUGAGCGUCGAAUUCAGUGGAUUGGUUGGCGAGAUGUUCGCAUAAAGAAAUGAAUGAAUGAGUCAGACUGUCGGUGAUCUUUUUAUACACAUACACAUACAUAAUAAUCGUAUAUAAACAUGAAUGUGCGUGGAUCGUGGGUGGUUGUGCUGUUGUGUUCAGUGUGUGACGGUCUACGUAUUUAAAUGAUUUUUUUUAUCUCGUUCUUCCUUAUUAUUCGUUUUGCUAUUUCGCUUGCUUUUUUUUUGUGUUUCAGUUUCUUUUACUUUAUACAUGUAUAUUCUUUUUGUUGGCGAGUGUACGUUUUAAUCGAGUUUCAACGCGAUUUUGCUUUUUUUUUUUUAAAUAUUUUGUUAAAUACAGGCGGCGAUGAAACAGGAUCGAAAAACGUUAAAAAUCGCGUUUGUCGCCUGGUUCAUUCCGCCAGUAAAUCGUGCCACGAUAUUCUCUUCCGUGUUUGCAAUUUGAACCUAAGGAAAAAUCGUCUGGUCGUUCCUCGAGGGCCUCGCGUAUCAUGAUGCGCUACUAUUUGCUUCAACGAACGUCUUACAAAGUGCUACCCUGAAGCAGGAGCUCUGUGUCGCGUGAAAAUCGCGGGUACGAUGUCGUCGAAAAGUGCCACUAGAAACGAGCUGUCACAUCCUCGCGCGUCUCUACCCAUUUCUAACUUCUUUUAAAUAUUUUCUUCGAUUCUAAUAAUUAUCUCUGUGCUACUUUUAUUUUACCUUACUUUUUAUUUGUUAUACCUUAGUUUUUGGUCUCGUGAUUUCCUCGUUUACGACUAGUAACAACCGUUCUAGUGGACUUCGAGCUGGAUGAUUGUGAUGAAUUACUACAGGAUUGCACGAAACGAAGAGGAUACCUCGUGUUCCAAUUAAGCUGCUAUAUAGCUUUGAAAAGCGAAUCAUGAACGUCGUAUGUUUUUAUUGUUUGGUUUCUUUUUUACGAUUUUGUUUAUUCUCACCCUCUCUCUCUCUCUCUCUCUCUCUCUCUCUCUCUCUCUCUGUGUGACUGUUAUAUUAAUUCCUUUUUUAUAUUUUCCGUUGGUUCUCCCGCUUUGCUUUUCGACGAUUCUAUUUAUUCUUCGUUUUGUUCGUUUAUUUCUAUAUGUAUACGAGUGUGGGAAACGACGCGGCUGGCACGCACGACGACGGAAAAUUCGGUCGAAAAGGGUAACAAUUCCAGAACUAAUGGGAUUUCAAUUAUUUAUAUUUCAUAAUCAGUUUUUCUAUAUAUAUUUUCAUUUCUUUUUUCUUUCAUAUAGAAUCUGUAGAUAAUACAUUCUUGGCAAAUCCGAAAAAACUGAUUCCAAAAUAGGAACAGAUCAUUGUGCGAACUAUGUAUACAGGGUGCAAGUUUUGUUCUGUUUUUUUUUUUUUUUUUGAAUCUUCCUUCAUUUCCGUAUGUAUCUUUUUUUUUGUUGUUGUUUGUUGUUUCUUUCUGUUUCACUGUUUCAUUGGCAUUCUUGUUUUAUAUGUUGUGGUUAUUGUUGCUGUAUAUCUUUAUCUUUGUUACUGUUGUCGUCGCGAGAAACACACGUGCGUGUAUAUCGAAUGAAUUAUUUCCUGAUCGAAACUAUGUAUAUCUAUAGUAAUAUAUAUGCUGUUUCCUUUGCGUGCUUGGGUGUGUGUGUGUAUGUGUGUACGCGCGUGUGCGUGUGUAUGUGAGUGUUUUAGCUUUCGUUCGUUUCGUAUUUUUCUUUAAUUGUUUGUUGUUUUCGUUUAAUGCUUGUUUGUUUAUUAUCAUUAUUAUUUUAUUUUUUUUUUUUGGUUCAAUCAGCAUCUUUCUUUACUUUUUUUCCCAUUAUUAUUUUUAAUUUUUCAUCUGAACGGUGGUACAUUUGAUAGGGUGCACAGGGCUGCUAGGCACAGAUAAUUGACUCGCAAAUAACUCUUCAAACAACAUUAGAGCGUACGACAUACAAGUAUUAAUAUACACAUUACAUCAUUAAUUAUUAUUAUUAUUUUUUUUUAUCCUUUUGUUUUCGUUUAAAGAGUAAUCAUAUAUUGGAGUGUGUCUGUCUGUCUGUGUCUCCUGUCUCUUCGCCGUUGUGUGAAUGUGUCACCUCUUCGUUCGAUGUGUGUUUGAAUAUCUACGAUCGUUUCUACGUGUCGUAUCUGAUGUUUUUCUUUCUUGAUUUUCUAAUGUCUCGAAUGAACGUGCGCUGCGACAUCACAGACUAAUUAUGGAUGGUUAAUGCUCGUAUCCCGAGUAUCGAGACUUAUAAAACAAGGUCGUUUUGCAACCACUGUAGAUCGCUGUAGUUGCGAUUUUUCGACAUUUUCUCGCUUCGCGAUUUGUUUUAACAUUGAUAAAAGUUUGAAAUUAUAUAUAUAUAUAUAUAU